GUUCGAGGAGGUCGUGAAUCCUCUCCCGGGUGCCCGGGGCCUGGUGACUUUCGCCUCGGACCCUGGCUGGGCCCACGAACGCGUCUUCCUCUGGCCGACGGCUACGGAGGAGGAGGGGCCUGGCUUCUUCGUCUACACGCCGGGCGGCGACCUCUAUGUGGAGAGCCUCUCGGACUACAGCAGCAGCGCCCUGCUCACAGGGCGUAAGGGCUACCCUGCCGGCGUGCCUCAGGUGGUGGCCUUCAGCAGGCCGCUGGAGCCCGAGGAGGUGGUGGAGCUGGUCAAGCGGGCGCGCGCGGAGGCGGCGGUGCUGGAGGGGGCCGUGGUGGAGGACAUCACGGAGGCCGUGGACUGGCGUGGCCGGCGGCUGCCGCUGCCGCCGCACUCGGUGGUGCACGCGCCACGGGUCCGCCUGCGAGGGAAGCAGGAGCCCGCGGCGCUCCCGCUGCCGCCGCCUGCCGAGCCGCCGCCCGUGGGCGGCACCGCCAUCCCCCCCUCGGCCCCCGAGGGUUUCGCUUGGCUGAGCAGCGACCUGGCCGCACCCCCGGGAGAGUUCGCCUUCGGCACGGAGGUGCUCCUGGGCUCGGACUCCUGCCAGCGCGGGCGCUUUGCUAUCGUCGCGGACGCCUCUGGGAACCACCACCCCGCGGAGCUGGUGGAGAUCAGCGGCGCUGGCGAGUGGCGGGAGGCGAAGCUGCGCGGCGCGGCCCGCAACCGCGGAGGCGAGGGUGCUCUGGAGCAGCGCCUGCUUGGUGACAGCCCUCCCCCUGCUGGCCCGGCGGCCCUCGGCCGCUCGCCGCCCCCUGGACAGGAGGACCCGGGCGACGAUCUUCGCACGUGCUGGAUCGACUACGACGACGCUGGGAUCCGCUUCAAGGAGUGGCGCAUGGUCCUACACGAGGCGACCCAGGAGAGCCUGCAGACCGCUGGCCUCAAGGGGCCCCCAGUGUGCCUCGCCAUCUGCAGGAAGUUCUUCAAGCGCGGCGGGGAUCCGAAGGCGUGGUUCGCCGAGUGGGCCCGCGAGGUGGGCGUCGCCAGGAAGGACAGGUCCUGGCACGAGGUCGAGUGCCUGAUCGAGGCCCUGUGGCAGGCGGGCACCUUCGACCAACUCAACAUGGGCGCCGUCGCGGCGCUGGAGGUGGUGUCCCGCCGGCUGCUGCAGUACGUGGAGGCGUAUGCGAAGGGUGCUGACAACCCCAACUGGAGCGCGGCGAAGCACUUCAGCGCGACCACCUCGGCCCUGGACUUGGUGCCCGAGGACAUGCGCAUGUGUGCGGCGCGGCAGGCCAAGGAGGAGGCGGAGCUGGAGAGCCUGCGCGCCAGCGCCCGGUCGACGGAGAUGCUGCUGGAGGAGCCGAAGGUCGAGGUCGAGGACGCGGUAGAGGCGGCCGUGGGCGCGGUGACAGGCGGGCGGCGCCGGCGGCUGCUUCGUGACAUCGAGGCGGCGAUCGACGCGCUGAAUUGGACGUGUGGUAGCGCCUGCCGCCCGAUCCCCCGUAGGAUCUCAUCGGCGACCGAGCGCAAGAUUUUGGGCCUUCAGGCUGAUGUGCGGCAGCGCGUUGUUGAAGCGGCAGCCCGCUGGAGCGACGCUGACAGCGCCGUCAGCGAGCGUGGAGCCUUGGCCAGGCUCUUGAAGGGGCGCUCGGGCUAUACGCCGUCGCCUUCAUGCAGUGUCGGGUCCUACGAGUACUCGAAGGUUUCGCUCCCGGGCGACUUGCACAAUGCGCCGUCGCUCAUCUCCAUGCUGCCUUCGGAGGCGAGGAUACAGCUCGAGGAUUUCGAGAAGCAUAUGCUCCGACCCGCGCAGGAGUCGGAAUUAAUUCGUCAGUAUGAAGGGGUGCCGGGCUGCCACGCCGACCCGGUGCUGCAGAAGAAUCCCCGCGCCUGCGGCCGCCUUGUGCGGAGGGCUGCGGACUUCGGCCUGGUGACCUUUACUCGUGAUCCCACUUGUGUUUUGGGCGUGUUCUUUGUCACCAAGAAGGCCGACAAGCUCAGGUUGAUUGUGGAUUGUCGUCGUGCCAACCAAUUGUUCCACAAGCCCCCUGGCGUCGCCCUCCUGAGCGGCGAGGGGCUGGCCAGGGUGGAGAUCGACGACUCCCAGGGUUUGCUGGAUGGGCUCCCUUUGCAUCUGGGGGUCGGAGACGUGGCCGACUGCUGCCACAGGAUGAGGUUGACGAAGACUGCGGGCGGCGACAUCCGCCGCUACUUUUGCUGGCCACCGCUGGCGGCACGGCAUGCAGGCCUCGCCGAGCUCGACGGCGUCCCGCUGGAGCCAGGCCAGAAGAUCUGGCCGAUGUGCGCCAGCCUACCGAUGGGUUUUUCGUGGUCACUGCAUUUUGCCCAGGCCGCUAACUCAGUUCGUCUGGGGCGUCAGCCUUCGCUGGUCCGAAGCCAGGAGCUCUCGGACCGCGGGCCCUCCCUGGUGUUCGGCGGCUCCCGCGUCAUGGAGCAGGCCGGCCACUACAUGUACGUGGACAACGCUGGCGUCAUGUCCUUCGACGGCGGUCUGGUCCGACAGGCUCUCGCCGAGGCUCAGCGGGACUUCGACCACGACGCGCUGCGCUUCCACGAGAUGGAGGUCCUUGAGCACGGUGGGAGUUCGCUGGGGUGUCACCUGGACGGCGACAGCCGAGUGGCCCGCCCCGGCAGCCGGCGCUUCGGUUUGGUGCGGCAGGGCGUACGCGCCCUGCUGCGACUCAAGAAGAUCGCCGGCUGGCAGCUGGAGGCGGUCCUGGGCCACAUCACCUUCCUGUGCCUCAUGCGUCGCGAGCUCCCCUCGAUCUUCCACGUCGUGCACCGCUUCGUGCGGGAGUCCUACGGCAAGUUCCAGCCGCUGUGGGCCUCUGCCCGAGAGGAGCUCGUGGCCUUCGUGGGGGCGAUGGUCUUCAUCGAGGCCGACUGGGAGCAGCCCUGGACGCCCUACGUUUACGCUAGCGACGCCAGCCUCCACGGUUUCGGGGUGUCGCAGUCCCUGUGGUCGACCGCGGACGUCGCAGCUGUUGGGCGCGUGCCCGAGGUCAGCCGCUAUCGCUUGGGCGGCGCCCGCGCCCGUGAGCACGCUUUCGAGGUGGCCGGCUUCAGGGUCGACCCCGAGAGCGGCGAGGUGGAGCGCGACUUCUUGGGGCGGCCCGUGCGGCUCGACAGGGAGGCGCGCGAGAUCUUGGAGGCUGCGCGCUGGGAGCACAACGAUGACUUCCCCGAGGUGCCCAGCAGCCUGCUGGCGAAGGAUCGCUGGCACACCAUCCUUGCCGAUCGCUGCGACCGCCUGCUGGUGCGCUCGGAGGCGUCGAAUCCGAGGGGGCACGCCGGCGUCGAGGAGAGCACCGAGACUUUCCUGGCGCGGUGCGCGGAGGAGCUCCCAGCGGGGCCGGGGCCAGGCCCGUGGGCCGACGCGCCCGCCCGCGGGGGUGCCGAGGCCGCGGGCGCCAGCGAGGAGAGCGACUCCUCGGACCCCGAGGAGCGGGCGGCCGCCGCGGCGCGACGGCGCUGCCUGAGCCGGCGCGGGAAGGGCCACGUGCGUCAGGCCCUGGCCGCGCUGCUGGACGGCGGGCCGCUCUCAUCCCGCCUCGCGCCGCUGGAGGUGAGGUCGGUGACGCCGGCGGCUGCUGCCCAGUGCCGCCAGCGCGUCCAAGAGUUCUUGAUCUGGCACCACUCCUCGGACGCGAUCCUGGACCGCCCCGCGGAGCUCGACGCCGCCCUGGUGUCCUUCAUGAACCACGAGUUCGAGAGCGGGCACAAGAGCUGGAGGGGGGAGAAGCUUCUGGCGGGCGUGAUCUUCCAUCGACCUCAGUACGGGCGGCAUGGAGCGGACCACCUUCCUCGCCCCCUCCGGGCUCUGAAGGGAUGGCGCAAGGCGUCGCCAUCUCACUCGAGGCGGCCCUUGACGAUCGGGAUGUGGGCCGCUAUCUGCGUAGAGAUGGCCCGCGUGGGAUAUCUCCUGGCCGCCGCCAUGUCGCUGGUGAUGGUGGAGUGCUGCCUGCGGCCGGGGGAGAUGCUGGGCCUCGCGCCGAGGUCCUUCCUGCCGCCGGCCCCCGGCGGGGUGACGAGCUGGGUGCUGCUGCUGUUCCCCCAGGAGGGGAACCUGAGGAGCAAGACAGGGGAGAGCGACGACAGCAUCCCCCUCGACUCCCGCAGGUUCGUCUCGAUGGACAGCGUGUACCGCGUGCUCUCCCGCCGUCGUGGAUCGGGCCGCCUCCUGGGCUGGACCUACCGCGAGUACGUGUCGGUCUUCAGGAGGGCUUGCGCCCGCCUGGGCUGGGCGGUGGUGCCGCGCCAGGGCCGACGCACAGGGGCCAGUGCGGACCGCGCGGAGGGCCUGCGGACCCAGGAGCAGGUGAUGAAGCGGGGCCGCUGGCAGGCCCUGAAGAGCGUCCGCCGCUACGAGAAGGCGGGGCGCGUGAAUCAGGCGUGGAAUGAGCUCAGUCGCGAGGGUCAGGGCCACGUGGCAGUCUGCCUGCGGUCCCUGGAGGGCAUCUUCCUGCAGGGCGCCGCCCCGCCGCUGCCGCCGCGGGCGCG